AUGUCGAAAUCGCUGCCCUGUUCGAUGAAAGAUGUACAUUACGAUAAUGCCAAGUUUCGCCAGCGAUCGAUAUUUAGGGUGAUCACGCAGAAUAUUUUAACCAAUAAUGUAAAACGUGAAUGUAUAAAGUGCAGUACAGGGAAGUUUCUUGUGAUUCUGAUGAUUUUUGGUGUUACAUACCUUAUAUUGACACAAACAAGCGACAACAAUUCUUCUCCGUUGAAAGGCAUAGCCAAACAUGUCGGGACCGAAGUAGGUAACAAUUUCUUCACAGACGAAAAGGGCCGAUUCAGAAGAUUGUGGCCAAAGCCUCCUAGGCUUCCCCCUCGUUUAUCGCCCGAUGAAAUACUCAGUAGGAAUAAGACAAGUCAUGGCAAGAUAGAUUCUGGGCCCGAUUGGAAGUCCAGGCAAGAAAAGGUCAAACAGGCAUUUAUUCACGCAUGGUCCGGAUAUCGCAACUUCUCAAUGGGAUAUGAUGAGCUUAUGCCCUUAAGCAAGAAGGGAAUUGACGGCUUAGGUGGCUUAGGAGCCACCAUUAUAGAUGCUCUCGACACGGCUUUGAUAAUGGGAAUAGACGAAAUUGCCCAUGAAGCAGGAUCAUGGAUUGAGAAAAAUCUCCCAGAGAAAAUUAACGAGAGAGGCCAAGUGAAUCUAUUCGAGACAACAAUACGCGUUCUGGGAGGUCUCUUGAGUGCUUAUCAUUUGAGUGGGGGUGAAAAUGGUGGUAAUGCUUCAACUGUAGAGCCUAAUCCGGCUGUUUAUCUUGAUAAUGCUAAGAAAUUGGCUGAUCGUCUCAUAAUCGCUUUCACAUCGAGCCCAACUGCUAUUCCCUUCAGCGAUGUUGUUCUGAGGGACAGCACUGCACAUCCUGCGCCUGAUGGGUUAAGCAGCACGGCCGAAGUUUCUACUCUUCAGCUCGAGUUUAAUUAUCUGAGUGCUUUGACUGGCGAUCAAAAGUACGCAGUUGAGUCUAUGAAAGUUUUGGAACACAUGAAGACUUUGCAGAAAGUCAAAGGGCUGGUUCCUAUAUAUAUCAACCCUCAUACUGGGGAGUUUAGUGGGGAAAAUAUUAGGCUUGGAUCUCGUGGCGAUAGCUACUAUGAGUACCUCAUAAAAGUUUGGCUUCAAAAUCUAGGAAGCAAUUUGACUUAUUUGCACGAGAUGUACGAAGAUGCAAUGAAAGGUGUGAAGGAACUUCUCGUUCGAAAAACUGUGCCCAAUGGAUUGGUUUUUGUAGGAGAAUUGCCUUAUGGUGCUCAAGGUGACUUCAGUCCAAAAAUGGAUCACCUGGUAUGUUUCCUCCCGGGCACUCUUGCUCUCGGUGCCACAAAGGGCAUGCUGAAAGAGAAGGCAAUGAGAGAGAACUUGCUCGAUUUUAAAGAUUUUGAAAAUUUGAAACUGGCCGAAGAUCUAACUAAGACAUGUUACGAGAUGUAUUCAGUAACUUCAACUGGUCUCGCUCCAGAAAUAGCGUACUUCACGACCGAGGGGCAUAGUGAAGAUGGCGCUGGUGGUGGGAAUAAGAGUUCAAUGUAUGCUGAAGAUAUCAUCAUAAAACAAGCUGAUCGUCAUAAUCUCUUACGCCCCGAAACUGUUGAGUCACUUUUCUAUAUGUUCCGCAUCACCGAAGAUCCCAAAUACCGUGAGUGGGGUUGGGAGAUUUUUGAGGCAUUCGAAGAACACACAAAGGUUGACUCGGGAGGUUACACUUCACUCAACGAUGUAACUGUAGUUCCCCCACCCAAGAGAGACAAGAUGGAGACUUUUUUCCUGGGCGAAACACUAAAGUAUCUCUACUUAUUGUUUGGCGAUAGUAAUGUCUUACCGUUAGACAAGUAUGUAUUCAACACAGAAGCUCAUCCUUUUCCCAUCCGAAGAAAUGAUGCUCUCACGUGA